CGAUGAUGCCGCCUCGGUGCUGAUUCAGGGUGCGACUGCUGGAGGCAGAGCGAGGAGACGCUGACGGACAAGUGACAGGCCGGGCUGAACAUCUUGAUGGUGGUAAUAAGAUAAACGGAAACAGAACCAAACCAAGGCCGAGAUGGAAUUACGCAUGGGAUUCAGGAUCACUUUGCUCUCGGUCAUCCUGGCGUUGACUCUUUCCGGCGAGAGGGUGGAAGCUCAGAGAGCAGGAUGUAAAAAUGUCCACUACGACUUGGCGUUUAUCCUGGAUACAUCUUCCAGUGUUGGAAAGGAGAAUUUUGAGAAGAUCAGGCAAUGGGUGGCCAACAUUGUCGAGUCUUUCGACGUGGCACCGGACAAGACAAGAGUCGCCGUGGUUCGCUACAGCGACAGACCCACCAUCGAGUUCACCCUGGGGAAACACGGGACCCUGGAGGAUGUGAAACGAGCUGCCCGCAACAUACGCUACCUGGGGGGAAAUACAAUGACCGGGGAUGCUAUCGGCUACACCACCGCCAACAUCUUCACCGAGCGCAACGGAGCCCGGCCGACGGCCCGAGGCAUUCAGAGGGUGGCCAUCCUCCUCACGGAUGGCCGAAGCCAGGAUUAUGUUCUGGAGCCCUCCAAGGCGGCCGCCAAAGCCGGCAUCAGGUUGUUUGCCGUGGGCAUCGGGGAGGCGCUGAAGGUGGAGCUGGAGGAGAUCGCGGCCGAGCCAAAGAGUGCCCACGUCUUCCACGUGACGGACUUCAACGCCAUUGACAAGAUCAGAGGCAGGCUGAGGAGGAGGCUGUGCGAGAAUGUCUUGUGUCCGAACAUGAAGGUCCAACCUGAUCGGUUUAAGCCCAACAGCACCAGCUAUGGUCUUGACGAGGUUCCAGGGUUCGACCUGAUGGAGCACUUCCACGUGAGAGAUAUUCUGGGAGCCAGAGAGGACGAAGGCCAAAGUUCCUACGUUCGCCUCGGCGCCAUGCCCAUCGUACAGCAAACGGAGGAUGUGUUUCCUCAAGGGUUGCCAGACGAAUACGCCUUCGUGACGACGUUCAAAUUCAGGAAGACCUCAAAACGCGAAGAUUGGUACCUCUGGCAGGUUUAUGACAAAUAUGGAAUCCCGCAGGUGUCCAUCCGAUUGGACGGCGAGAACAAGGGGGUGGAGUACAACGCCGUCGGCCUGACGAAAGACGCCGUCCGAGCCGUGUUCAAGAACCCCGAAGUCGACAACCUGUUUGACCGCAACUGGCACAAGAUCGCCCUCAGCGUGGAGGCCAAGUCCGUGUCUCUGUACCUGGACUGCAAGCACAUCCAGACUCUGCCCAUCGGAGACCGGGAGGACAUCGACAUCCAGGGGAAGACGGUGAUCGGGAAGCGACUGUACGAUAGCGUGCCAAUCGAUUUUGACCUCCAGAGGAUGAUGGUGUACUGCGAUUCCAAGCAUGCGGAGCUGGAAACCUGCUGUGACAUACCCAAUGGACCUUGCCCCAAGAAGGUCGUUACGGAGGCCCCGCCUGUGGAAAUCCCCGCUCCGACACCGAAGACCGUGGAGCAACAACGAGGCCCUCAAGUGAACUGUUCCUGCCCUGCAGGAGAUACGGGAGCGAUGGGUGCGCCCGGUGUCGCAGGUCCUAAGGGUGGAAAGGGUGACACCGGCCCUAAGGGCGCCGUCGGAGCGCCGGGAAUCAGAGCGGAAAAAGGAGAAAUUGGCAAAGUAAUCUCUGUCAAAGGUGACAGAGGUGCGAAGGGUGACACGGGCAGCAUAGGGUUGACAGGUGCUCCUGGACCAAAAGGAGAGAAGGGACUCGGAGGCGUGCCGGGCAUCGACGGCUUAUCCGGAUACAAAGGAGACAGAGGGGAAGCAGGACUGCCUGGUGGUUCAGGGCUGCCAGGUGUAGCUGGACAGAAGGGAAUUCAAGGGGACGAAGGCGUUUCUGGCACCCCGGGUCCGAAAGGUGUCACCGGUGAAUCAGGUGGGAAAGGUGAAAAGGGAACUUCGGGAGACAAGGGCCAGGCGGGUUUUGAUGGAUUACCUGGCAAACCCGGAGUUCAUGGGAAAGAUGGUUUGAGAGGACUGGCUGGUGCAUCCGGGCCCAGCGGAAUCAAAGGCAUCAAGGGGGAGAGAGGCCUCGCCGGAUUACCUGGGGAUGUGUUUCAAAAGGAAGGCUUGCGGGGUGAUAAGGGAGACGCUGGACCUCCUGGGCCUUCGGGGCCCGAGGGCCCCCAGGGGCCUCAAGGUGCUCCGGGUCAUCAGGGUCUACCCGGGGAACCGGGAGAGUUCGGCCAGAGGGGUAAAAAAGGUGAAAGUGGAUUACACGGAGUGGACGGCCUUCCUGGACCCCCUGGUCUUCUAGGUCCAUCUGGGUCACCUGGAAAACAAGGACACACCGGACCUCCUGGUCUGCCUGGUGAAAUUGGAUUUUCAGGCAAACACGGAGAGGCUGGAAAGCCUGGUCUCCCCGGCAAAGACGGUCUGGACGGCCUUCCUGGAAACGACGGCGCUUUGGGGCCCCGAGGAGAGCGCGGAGCGGAGGGCUUUUCAGGCAAGCCCGGAACUAAGGGUGACGAUGGGCCUCCCGGACCAAGAGGGCCUCCAGGGGAUAGAGGCGAGCCCGGUUCCUCCGGUCAAACUGGUGGGGACGGAGUGCGCGGGGACAGGGGGGUCCCGGGAGAAAGAGGACAGGAUGGAUCACUUGGACCAAAAGGGGAGAAGGGAGACAAGGGCGAAGUGGGAGUCAGGGGACUACCUGGCAUUCCAGGAAAUGUGGCCAAUGUCAUCCCCGAGCCCGGUGAACCCGGAAUGCCCGGAGAGAAAGGAGCAAAGGGGGAUCAAGGGAACCAAGGAGAGAUUGGUCAAAGAGGGUUACCUGGUGAACAAGGCUUCAAGGGACCAGCCGGACUAGCGGGUCCGAAAGGUGACGCUGGACUAACGGGAGAGACGGGACGUGUUGGACACCCCGGUCCACCCGGCAUAGCCGGUUCUCAAGGUGCUCGCGGAUUACCGGGGAACGUGGGCAUCCCGGGGAUCAUUGGGCCUCCCGCUCCGCCCGGACAGAGAGGAGACACGGGCGAAGCAGGUAAACCAGGACAAUCGGGACCCCCGGGCCCACCCGGAUAUGGCGGUUUGACUGGACCCCCCGGACCACCGGGAAAGGGCAAAGAUGGGCAAACUGGGGAUCAAGGACCUCAAGGAAUCCAAGGACCCCCAGGACUAAAGGGCCAAACGGGUGCUCGGGGAGAAAAAGGGUCACCCGGAGAACGGGGCCCCGCAGGAGACGGCAAAGUGGGACAACCGGGACCUUCGGGAAAUAACGGAGACCCGGGACCUUCGGGCAUCAGGGGUCUGCCGGGAGUCGCCGGUCUUCAGGGCCCAGCAGGCCACAACGGUUUAACGGGAAGGCCGGGAGACAAGGGGUCGCCAGGAGAUCCUGGAAAGAACGCCGACCUCUCUGACCUCAACCUGAAGGAUGUUUGCUCCGACUGCCCAGCGGGUCCACCCGGACUGCCCGGUCUCCCGGGAGUCCCCGGGGAUAAAGGACCCCUGGGACCUCAGGGGAAGAACGGUCAAGACGGUUACCAAGGCCCGUCGGGAACAGCCGGAGCUCAAGGGCCCCCUGGAGCCGACGGAGCAAAGGGUAUUAAAGGGGAUCGAGGACCCCCAGGAGGCCCGGGAGACAAAGGAGAAAAGGGUCACACAGGACCCCCUGGCCAUCCGGGUACCGCUGGCUUAAUGGGCACGCCUGGUAACGACGGACAGCCUGGCCCCAUCGGCCCCCCGGGGUCCCCUGGAGAAAAGGGCAAAGAGGGUCUCAAGGGAAUCCAGGGACCACCGGGUCUUCCCGGCUUGAUCGGUCAACCCGGGAAAAUGGGAAAAGAUGGCGGUCCAGGUGAACCAGGAGAGUCUGGCAAGCAAGGUGAGCCAGGACCACUAGGAAACCCGGGGCUGAGGGGACUCCCGGGCUUCAAGGGCCACAGAGGAGAAUCUGGUGCUCCGGGACCUAAGGGAGAAGAUGGAAAGCCUGGAUCGUCCGGGCGAGAUGGGAAACCUGGGAAAGAGGGCUCUAUGGGACCUCCAGGCAGAGAAGGGCUGAGUGGACCAAGAGGAGAGUCGGGAAAGCAAGGUGAACCGGGGCCAUCGGGAAAAGCAGGCCUCCCUGGAACGCCAGGUCUUAGAGGAGACAAGGGAGAGGCCGGCAACCCAGGAUUACCAGGCUUUAGUGGGCCUAAGGGCCCCGCGGGUCCGUUUGGUCCAAUCGGCCCAGAAGGUAAACAGGGGAUGCCAGGCAGAGUGGGUGAUCGUGGCCUCAGAGGAGACAAGGGAGAUUCGGGCGUGAAGGGAGAUAAAGGACAAUCAGGAGAUCCAGGUAUGCCUGGAAACCCUGGACCCUCUGGCCGGAAGGGCCACACGGGGAUGAUGGGCAUGUCUGGACCAACAGGAGAGGUCGGAGCUCCGGGCCCUCAAGGACCUUCGGGGAAUCCUGGUAUUCCAGGCCAAAGAGGAGAGUCGGUGUCACUGGAGCAGAUGAGGCGACUCAUCCAGGAGGAGCUGGCCAAACAAUUAGAUGCCAAAAUGGCUUACCUCAUGGCUCAGAUCCAGCCGGCCCACGUGAAGAGUACAGCAGGCCGCCCGGGACCUCCAGGCUCUUCGGGUAAGGACGGCAAUUCUGGACGACCCGGACCCCCCGGAGAGCCUGGUAUGCCCGGACAAAAUGGCGGAGAAGGAUCCAGGGGACCCUUGGGCCCUAAAGGCGACAAAGGAACGAGAGGAGAAAAGGGAGAACCCGGUGUCGGCGACAGAGGAGAGCAAGGACCCUCUGGCCCGAUAGGUCCAGCCGGUCUGCCCGGAUACGGUAAAGACGGAGGCCCGGGGCAAGCUGGAGCCCAGGGAGAACCGGGAAACCCCGGCCCCCACGGUCAAACCGGACCUCCGGGCCCCACUGGGCAAUGCGACCCCACCCAGUGCGCCUACUACGCCAGCCUGGCGCAAAGACCCCACACCAAAAAUUUCAAGGGGACCUAA